AUGACGUACGGACUUUCAAACCGCGGCAACGUGGCAGCCAAGCCGAAUGAUGGCAUGCUUCUCUGGACCAUCGUCAAGGACCUCUGGGACCCCAAAGACAACCCAAGAGGCUACGUCAGCUUGGGAAUCGCGGAAAACACACUCAUGCACGACAAACUGUCCGCACACAUCCACACUAACCUUGCCGUGCCCAACCACUCUUUCACGUACGGCGAUGGCAUGACCGGAUCCAAGCGUCUCAAAGCGUCACUCGCGCGGUUUCUAACAGAGCGGCUGAAGCCGGUAACAGGUCUUGAGCCGCAGCAUAUCUCCGUCACAAACGGAUGCAGCUCGGCGAUCGAGCAUCUGGCCUGGGCGCUUGGAAACCCGGGCGAGGGUUUCCUCCUCGGACAGCCUCACUACGGCGCUUUCUUGCCGGACGUCGAGUAUCGGACAGGGUGCAAGCUUGUGCAGGUGCCUUUCCACGAGGUCGACCCCUUCGGUCUGGACGCCGUGCGGAAAUACGGGGAUGCCUUGUUGGCUGCCCAGGCCAAGGGCACCAGGAUCGCCGCCCUGAUUCUGUGCCACCCUCACAAUCCCCUCGGCAGAUGCUACCCGCGGGAGACCAUCAUUGGGCUGAUGCGACUCUGUCAGGAACACGACAUGCACCUCAUCAGCGACGAGAUCUACGCCCUAUCGAUCUGGAACAACACUCUCGACACCGACCCGGCGCCUGUUCCCUUCGAGUCGUGCCUCUCCAUCGACACGGCGGGCGUCAUGGACCCCCACAGGCUUCACGUGCUCUGGGGCAUGUCCAAAGACUUUGGCGCGAACGGAAUCAGGCUGGGCGCCAUCGUGUCCCAGCACAACCCGGCCUUGCACGAUUCUCUGACCCCCAUCGGCAUCUACAGCUCGCCCUCUGCCAUUACUGACCACGCGACCGCCAACAUCCUCGACGACCGGGAGUGGGUUGACGGGUACAUCGAGGAGAACCGGCGCAAGCUCCAGGAAAACUUCGAGCUGGUCGCCGGUUGGGCCCGAGACAGCGGCAUCGAGUACGCACAAGGCGCCAACGCCGCGUUCUUCCUGUGGGUCAACUUGGGCAAGGCGUACCGCGCGCGUCGACCGGAGAGAGAAGUUCGGGACGUCACCGCGGAGGUGAUGGGCGCGUUGCUCGAGAAGAAGGUGUUCCUGGCUUCGGGAGAACAAUUUGGCUCCGAACAGCCGGGCUGGUUCAGGAUCGUCUUUUCGAACAACAAGGAGGUGGUAUCGGAAGGUCUCCGUCGGAUUGCUGCUGUGUUGAAUGAGUGA